GGCGGGGAGUAGGAUGGGGAGGAGGCUUUGGGUGCGAGGGUGAGAGCUCUGUAGCCUAGCGGAGCUGGAGCGCAUGUCCCCGCUCCCUGCCCAAGGUGUCUGCUUCGUCUCCCGGUACUAGGCGGACACAUCCCUACCUCGAGUCCCUCAGUGGGCGCAGAGUUCACCAGAAAUGGAUCGCCGGAUCCCUAGGCGCCUGCGGGGGGCACCGCUGCCCGGUGCUUGGGGCUCGGUCUUCCGGCUCAGCUCGCACAGAGCACAUCCAGAGGUCGCCUCCCCGAGACCAGCCUUGCCUGUGAAACCUGCCUUCUCGUUUGAGGGAUCCUUUUGCAGGAAUGUGUGAGUCCUUGGAUAAAUUUGGCUUGGUGAUGGCAGUAUUAUUUCUCAAUAGACACUGCCACUUCCUCCAUGCGCCUUUCUACCCUGACCUAAGUUUCUCAGUGUUAAUCACGAUGACAAGUGAGAGCAUUUGCCCUCUCUACACUUUCCUGCCACUAGGUAUCCCCUCCCUUCUUUUGCCUGUUUGAAGUGGAAAAGGGGCUAAACAGGUGCAGCUGUGAAGGAAAUGGGGACCCCAGGAGCAACAUUCCUGGAAGUACAACCUUAGCUUCUGUUGGGUUCUCAUUUAACUCUGUUGCUGUUGGCAGACUUUCCGGAAGCUGCUGGGGGAUGUCUGACUAGCUCUCAUGGAGCUCCACUACCUUGCUAAGAAGAGCAACCAGGCAGACCUCUGGGAUGCUAGGGACUGGAGUUCAAGAGGGCUGCCUGGUGACCAGGCAGAUACAGCAGCCACGAGAGCUGCUCUCUGCUGUCAGAGACAGUGUGCAUCCACCCCAAGAGCAACUGAGAUGCAAGGGUCUAAACUUAGUUCUUCUCCAGCAUCCCCCUCCUCCUCUCUGCAAAACAGUACUCUUCAGCCAGACACCUUUCCACCAGGACCUCUCCACUCAGGAAACAACCAAAUAACAGCGGAACGGAAAGUCUGUAACUGCUGCAGCCAGGAAUUAGAAACUUCUUUUACCUAUGUGGACAAAAACAUUAACUUGGAGCAGCGGAACCGGAGCUCGCCAUCAGCAAAGGGGCAUAAUCACCCUGGGGAGCUUGGCUGGGAAAAUCCAAAUGAGUGGUCCCAAGAGGCUGCCAUAUCUUUGAUAUCUGAAGAGGAGGACGAUGCAAGUUCAGAAGCCACGUCUUCAGGGAAAUCUAUAGACUAUGGUUUCAUCAGCGCCAUCUUGUUCUUAGUCACCGGGAUCCUGCUGGUGAUUAUCUCUUACAUCGUCCCACGAGAAGUGACUGUGGACCCCAACACUGUGGCAGCCCGGGAGAUGGAGCGCCUGGAGAAGGAGAGUGCGAGGCUGGGGGCUCACCUGGACCGCUGUGUGAUUGCGGGGCUCUGCCUCCUCACGCUGGGGGGUGUCGUCCUGUCCUGCUUGCUAAUGAUGUCCAUGUGGAAGGGGGAGCUCUAUCGUCGAAACAGAUUUGCCUCUUCCAAAGAGUCUGCAAAACUCUAUGGUUCUUUCAACUUCAGGAUGAAAACCAGCACGAAUGAAAACACUCUGGAACUGUCCUUGGUAGAGGAAGAUGCGCUCGCUGUACAGAGUUAAUUCUGGUUGUGAAUAUCUUGAGAGUCUGCCUUGGCAUUUUGUAAUAUGAAAAAAGAAGUUAAUUUAUAAAAAUUCACAGUGCAAUUUAUUUGCCUGGCAAGAAAAGUUUAUUUCACAAACCAGUGAGUGUUUUUGUUCUCCAUGUGUCUUCUAUUUAGAAGAAAAGCCAUGUAAGAUGUAUAAGAAACCACAACCAGCCACACCUGUCCUUCUGAAGCGCUGAAGGCUAAUUAAUCUGUAAUGGCCAAGAACUUCUACUUCGAUAGAAAAAUAUUUCUAAUGACCCAGUAUACAAAUUAUUUCUUUUACACAGAUAUGUGAUGUUAUUCUUUGGACACUAGGUGAUUCUACACACAGUAGGAUCAAUUGCUAAUCUAUUUUGUGAAAAAGAACUAAGCACUAAUCAAUAAUAAGGCUUAUGUUUAAUUCUCAAAGGUGCUUAUCCAUUUUCUUGCUAAAUUAUCGUUCUUGUAAUUUGGCUAAACACUAAAAUAUGGAAUUUUUAGUUUGAAUAUUUUGAAGUUUGAGGAUGUUGGGCUUUUCUUAUUGUAAAAAAUGUUAUGUUUGAAAUUAUUCCUGUAUUCAAAAAUGGUAAUUAAGUUAUUGGGAUAAACUUUCUAAUAAAAGAAAAUUAUGUAAAUCAUUGUAAGACCAAUGUGAAUUUAAACCACAGUGUUAGUGCCAGGCAUUAGCCAGGGUCACAUGCUCUUUUUUAAAAUGAAGUCAAAUUAGUUACUGAUAUAAAUUUUAUAUUUUGUGAUUUUGCCAUCAUAUUGGCUAUCUGUGCUCUUGAAGUCCGCUGGUUCUCACACCAAAGAGGCAAGGCGUGAAACAUUUUAAAUAUAUUUCCAGACAUCUAAACAUCUAGGCAGGCCUGAGUCAUGAUUGGCUCUGGUGUGCUUCCAGGUGACAUCUUGUUACUGCUGUUUGGGGAAAACCACCAAUAGAAUUGCAGCUAGACUUUUGGAGACUGUGCCUAGCAGGCUGUAUCACUUGCUCUAGGCUAAGCAACAAGCGCUUUCCUCAUGUAGCAGCAGUCCUUAAGCCUAAAGCCAAAAAAAACAAGACAGAAAAGAAAAGGAAAGAUUAAAUACACUGAUUUAAUGGGGACUGUAGUCAUUGUCAGAACUCACCUCUCACUCACAGUGGUCUAGGUGUCAUUCAGUAACUGUGAACUCUUGCCUCAUAAAGCACAAACUCUUCUCUAAGAGCAGCAUGAUGAGCAAGGUGCUCACUGUGCAAGACAUGCACUGGGUGUUCAGUAACAUGCCGCCUCAUUAUGGUGACGAUUCAGAAAAGGGAUGGGAAAUGCAGCCUCAGAAAUACCUUACAUCUUGCAACUCUGCCUGGAGGUUUUUGCAACUUGUGCUGUAGGAGUUGUCCUAACGUCCAUGAUUGCAUUAACAGGAUCAGGGGGUCAUUCUUAAAGAGGAUAGGAGCUGGGAAUUGGUAUGAGACAGCAGGAAUGAGGAAUUAAGAAAGUGAUUUCUUUGUAGAUUUUUAAAGGCUAUUUCAAAUGUCUGAAGUUUGUGUUGUUGUGGACAACUGUGGAAUACAUGGGUGACUUUGGCAAAAUGUGUGAAUCAGGAUAUUUAUGUGAAUGAGCUCUCAUGGGUAUCAGAGAUUGAUUUGAUGAGUGUGGUGUGCUGCAUAUGACUAAGGGUUGAGGUGAAAUACAAAAAGGGAGACUCAGAAGAUAGCAAAAAGAGAGGGUGGGUAUAUGAAAGAAUUAUUAGGUAAAAAUGAGAAAUUAUAUGAGAAUCAGGAAGCUAGAUGUAGUUAAUUGCCUUAUGUUAUAGAGCAAUACUGAUUACUGAAAAGAAAGAAUUGAGAUGACAUAAACAUGAUUUUUGCUUUCCAUUGCUGUUUCCUUGUGCUUUUUCAACAAACUUUGUUUUACUGGGAGUCUCAUUUCAUGAUUUUUGUUAAGGCUGCCUUACCAGUGGUAUAAGUUUUAUAUUCUGAAGGUUUUUAAGUCCAGCUCUAGCCUGCUUAAGGAUCCACUUUGGAUGAUGUUGAGAUAAGAAGGAAACGAUCUGCUGAGUGAGUAGGUCUGAGCUGUGUGUUAAAAAAAGAAGGCAUUAAAAAAAAAGAGAGAAGGCAUUAAAGAAAAAACUAAUGUUUAUUCAUAGAAGCUAAAUGAGAUCAGCUGAGUUUUGUUUUUAUUUAUUGGUGAAACAGGAUUAAUUAGCCAAAUGGCAAACUAAACUGAAUUAAUGUGGAAUCGGUUUUCAGUUUAUGAAGGAAGAGGAGUUUGGGAAUCAAGUGUUAGGAAGUCUUUUCACUUGAUGAUAAAGCUUUUCCUAUGGAAGCAUUUAAUGAAUCUUGCAGGACUACAAAAUAAUAUAGAUGUGAUCUAGAGGCAACAUUUUGAAAAAUGCCAUUUUGGAAAAAAAAAAAAUUCAACAGGGAAGGAAAAGACCUAACAAGUCGAAAUACAUUUCCUUUCUUUUCCCCAGAACUCUAUAAUUUUCUUUAAAAUUUAAAAUUGAAAUGUGGUAUGUAAAUGCAUAUUUCAACAUUGUUUAAAUCUGCUAACAUACAGAGCACAUCUCUUUUAAGGUUCUGCUUAUCUGAGGGCAAACCAUUACACAUUACAUGAUUUAGAACAUCAUCUGAAUGACUCCUUUUGGGCUGUGGUGACAUUAUUCAGAUACUUACCUUAAUCGACUUUUCACUGGGUAUUUGGUUUAUCCAUCCUGGCAGUGCCUGAAUUCAAUAUGAAGAUUACUUGAAUUUAAAAUGAUGGUAACACAGGCAAAGAAAAGUCAUGUGCUUUAUUUCCUGUUGUUCCCAAUUUGACAAAGAAUGUUUUUGGCUCUAGAGGUACUUUGGCAAGACCAGGGGAUACAUUCUACAGACAUUGGGCAUACAAUAGCUAUGGUGUUGGUCUUGCAUCCUUCAUGGAGAUUUAUGACCUUCCAUCUGUCUCUUCAACAUGGUGCUGGUUGUUACCUAUAAAAGUUUUUAUUGCUAGACCUAGGGAAGAAAAACGUUUUUCAGUGGUUCUAGGUCUUUAGCUUAUUUACAUGGUUUUAGAAAUCUAAACUCAGAGUCAUCUUCCUAAUCUCAAUGAGAAGACAGCUCAUCUUUCAGCAGUAUGGACCAAUGGGGUGAGUUACAGAAAGAAACCUGUCUUUCUCCUUUAUUACUGGGAUCUACAUGCUGCUGAUGGAUGAUUUAAGGCUCCUAAUAUCUUUAUAAGCCAGUUCUUUUUAGAGCACCUUAAACUGUUAGUGGUAGAGUUUGCAAAGAGUUUUCUUUGCAGUGCUGUGUGUCCUUUCCACCCAUUGGGAGCUCUGAAAGCAGAUCACGUAAUAAGAUGUACUGGACCCUCAUGUAAAGAACAGCUUUUCUUCAUGUUCCCCACUGCAUAGUUGAUUUAUAGUUUAGAGGAAGACAACACUGCUUGGAACCAUGAAAUUCUUGGAGGCCAUGGUUGCUUUUACCCGCAUGACUGCUAUAACCCUUUAUUCUGUACUAUCAAGUUACUUGCCUUGAUAUCAAAUGCUUUGCUGUCUGCUUAAAAUAUGAGUCCAUCUCCCUCAUACUUACUUGUUUUAGGGACCCAAUUGGACCAGUGCUGGGACAUGCCCUUCAAGGUACAACUUCUGAAAAGAGACUGUGCUACCAAACUUAUGUGUGCCUUUACCUCAGUCCCCCAGAAUAAGGGGUGACUUAAUCUUGAUAAAUGAGUGACUGAGCACCAUGCUAGUUAAACACUGAGAAUUAAAAGCCUAGACCCAAUGGCUCUACUUUUUUUUUAACCUCUUUCCGACAAGCAAAACUUCUAGGCAGGAGCAUGUGAACAUUUUGGUCUUCAUCUUUCACAUGUGCAAUGGUGGGUGUAUGCAAAACUUUACUUGGAUUAAUUGUCUAAAGUUUAAAAAACGUUCUAUAUGUAUAUCUCUCAGGAGAACGUUUUUCAACCUGAAGGUCAGAUUUCAUUGCAGCAAUUAAUGCCAUCAAAAAUAUGUGGUCUGACAGAAAAGAUCACAACCUUUGCCAAUGGUUCACCUAUUACAGCAAGAUGUAAUACUAUCAAUACUUACUGUUCUCUGUAAUGGGUUUAACCUUUCCCAGAAUUGGACAUAAAAAUUGACUAUGAUGAGAAGAUUAUAAUGAACUCUCACUGGCGGCUUUUCCUAGUGUAAAAAGAGUACUUAAGAAAGAGAAUUAACAUAUCAUUGUCUUUCCGCUGAUUUUUAGCUGUAUCAUUUUAUGAUUCAUAAUAUUCUAUAAUAUCUUCUCCCAAAUUUUAUAAGUCUUGGGAAAUAAUUUGCCUGCCUAGUGCAUUGACACAUUGACACUGUAAAAAGCAAGAUGUUAUUUUAAACACAUGAAACUGGUUUCAAAAAUCUGUGGCUUACACUUGAGUGUACUCAUGGUUUAUGUUUGUGUACAGAUUUAUGUGCACUCAAGUCUAUGUAUAUUCAGACUAUAUUUUAUAGUUAUACAGCUUUAAUACCCAAAGUUAUCGUUAGAAUAAUUUUAUUAUAGCAAUUUGGCAUGCCUUACUGUUGACAUUAAGAAGAAGAGAAGUCUUUCACAACUCAUGAAUGAAGAAUUUGGAAUCAGCCUCAGAAUGAGAUGCCAUAAUUAUUAUAAACCUGUUUUGGUUGUUCAGCCUCCCACAGAUGUUUAUUGAUUUAUUUUUAACUUCUCAAUUUCAGACUUAUAAGAGUGUGAGAUAUUUGGAAAUUAUUUUACCAUGAAUCGUUAUUUUAUUUCAGGGGACUAUGGGGAGUAUCUUCCUUUGUUUCAAGUUUGGGUAACACGCCUGUGUUUCAGGAACAGCUCUCCCUAUUUUUUCACUGCUAUCUUCAGGCUUCCUAGCCAGGCUCCAAACAAAUGUCAUGUAAGAAAGAAAGAUGAAUUAUUACAUAUUGUGUAUUUACAGUGUGUACCCUGUGGUUCUCAUCGUGCUUUUAAUUUUACUUUUCUUACCAAACAAAAAUAAUUUGACAUUGAUUAUGUGCUUUUUGAUAUUGUCAAGGGCAAUUACUAAGGUUAUGAGCUCUUUCUUAGGGCACUUGAUGCCUUAUAUGUUAAUAACAAGUGUGUCAUAUAAUUUUAAAAUAAAACUACUCAAAUGCUUUAUUGUGUUUAUUAAGUUGAAUUUAAAUUGGAAUCUGUAAUGCUGAUUUGAUCUUUUAAAAUUGUAUUUGAAAGUAUUUGUCCAAAAAAAUUAAAAUGAAUAUUUACCCCUAAUUUAGGUUUGUCAUUCUUCUUGCUACCAUUUCACUAUAUAAUGUAGACUGUGCCUUAUUUUUUGUUGUUUUAUAGGAAAUAGUCCAAGUUAUUUGGGUUUCUCUAAAUCACGCAGUAUUAAACUUAGAGUAUACAUUUUAUGAUAUGGAAAAAAUACAUGAAUAAAUAUUUUUUAAAAACACUUAUCUGAGUGUCUAGAAAGCUUUUAGGUGAGAAAUAGAUAUCAACUUAUGCACCUACUUUUAAUCUUCUUGUAAUCUAAUUUUGAUCUCCAUUUUCAUUUGAAGAAUGUAUCACAAUUUAUAUUAUUAACCGGAAUUUUAUCCUUAUUAUAUGUAAGUGCUGUCAAGGUCAAAAACUCUAAAGAGACAUUUGGAAGUGAGCCCCAUAUCUUGUUCCAUCUAUUUUGAAUAAAAAUUUGAUCAAGAUUCUUAUCUACAUACUCUAUAGGAAGAAAGUCUACUUCCUUCGAUAUCUAUUUGCUUCUAGAAGUUCUUUUGGGUUUUAUUAACCACCUCUGAUCAUUCGGAAUAAGCUAAGUGAUGCUGUUACAAUUCCACAGCCUCUCGCUAUACGACUCUUGUAGGUCAGCAGUCAGGGGGACCCAGUCUGAUGCAGCCACCUUUUUACGUGCCCCUUGUUGCCAAGCUGGAGGGGAAAAGAGUCUGAAAGAGACACUGCACCAGGUCAACACGUAUUUAGUCAGGACUAGUCAUAUAGUCCCACUUAAGCCAGGAAAUGCAGUUCCAGCAUGAACCCUGAAAUGAGAAUUGGGAGUGUUUGGCAAAUGGCACUAAUGACUACCAUAAUUUCUAAGGUCUUUGUUUUGUUCAAGCAGUGUACGUAUCAAUGAACAUAAAUAUUCUCGUCUUCUCUAAUGAUCACUUGAUCAAUUUAAUGUUAAUACAUUUAUAAUGGGGGCCAAAAAAUGCUAAAGAUCUCUAGAGAAGGCACA